AUGCAACACCUCCAAGAACUUGAGUCUCGUCUCGACCGCCUCAUCUCGGAAAAUCGUCUUCUCGCCGCUGCUCGUGAGGAAGCUGAAGAUAAACUCCGCAAGACUUCCGUCGCUCGACGCAAGAGUGACCAUGCCCUCAACAGCCGCGACGCCGAUUUGCGGGACAAAGAUGCGGAAGUGGAACAAUUGAAGAGCUCGUUGGAGUGGUUGCAGAAGGAAGUAGCCCGAUUGACCGAGGAAAAUACGGGACUUGCGACGACGAGCUCCAACCUCACUGCCACACAUGCACAGGAAGUUCAAGUUAUGCAGGAGACGUUUGAUCGCCAAGUCGAUGAAUUACGCUCGGAGAACCAACAACUGUCGGCGGAAAUGCACGAUCGGGUGCGACAAGAAGUGGAGAUGGCGUUGGCCCAGAAGGAUAUGGAGCUACGACGGCUACGGGAGGAAUUGGAAAAUGCUCGCGACAAGGUGAAGCAACUACAGCAACAGAUCGCGGCAGCCAUGCAGGACGACGUCUUGGUCUUUCGCGACGAGGAUUACUUCGAUGCUGCUUGCCAGAAGCUAUGUGGUCAUGUACAGCAAUGGGUCCUCCGUUUCUCCAAACACUCCGACCACCGCCGCUGCCGCAAGCUCAGUGACCUGCAAGAUGAAAAGAUUGCCGACCGAUUCGACAACGCCAUCCUGGACGGUUCCGAUGUAGACACCUACCUCAGCGAUCGCGUUCGUCGUCGUGAUGUAUUCAUGUCUGUUGUCAUGACCAUGGUAUGGGAGUUUAUCUUCACACGAUACCUAUUCGGCAUGGACCGUGAGCAACGGCAGAAGCUCAAGUCUCUGGAGAAGCAACUGGCCGACAUUGGCCCACGCAGUGCUAUCCAUCGGUGGCGUGCCACUACUUUGACUCUGCUCUCGAAACGGCCAACCUUCUCGAAGCAGCGUGAGAGCGAUACCGAGGCUGUUGCCUUGGAGAUCUUUGACACUCUGUCGCGCCUCCUCCCGCCACCUACCAAUGUCGAGGCUCAGCUUUUGGACUCGCUCCGCAAGGUGCUCCGUGUCGCGGUCCACCUGUCGAUCGAGAUGCGCACACAGCUGGCAGAAUACAUCAUGCUACCGCCACUGCAGCCCGAAUAUGACACCAAUGGUGAUCUAGCUCGCCAGGUCUACUUCAACGCCUCCUUGAUGAAUGAGCGCAGUGGAGAGACCACGUCAAAUGAAGAGCUGGAAACGCAGCAAGCGGUAGUACGGGUUGUUCUGUUCCCAUUGGUGGUGAAGAAGGGCAAUGACCGGGGGGAAGGCGACGAUGAGGUAGUUGUCUGCCCGGCCCAAGUACUCAUUGCCAGACCCAACAAGGAUAAGAAGGUGGUGAAGAUGCUCAGCGGCGAUCGCAUGUCCCUGGAUGCUACGAGAUCGGUCCACAGCGUCGCCCCGUCGUCAACCAUGGACAUGAGCAAUGUGAUCUGA